UGUGACGACGCCGCGGCCGCCGCGGAGCUGGGGAUUAAUGGGAAAAGUUUUGGCAGCAGGGGGCGGAUUCUGUCGUGGAGGUUGCGGGACGCGGGCGGUGACGCGGGAGGCGGCCAGGACAGUGCUGCGUGGUGUUCGGGGCAUGCGCGUGGUCCUUACCCAGUGGCUUCUGUUCACCGACAGAUGAAGACACACAUACUGUAGAGGCUGACAGGAACUGCCCUGUGAGGUCCAUCUGCGCUCGGCCCCAGACCCAGACGAUGCCAGAGCUAUGACCAGGCCUGCAGGCGUGGCGCCGAGCGGAGAUCAGCCAUGGAGCAGCCACCGGAGGCGGCCCCUGAGGUCCGGGAAGAGGAGGAGAAAGAGGAAGAGGCAGCGGCCGAAGGAGCCCCAGAGCAGGCGCUGCCUUCCAGCAGCUGCACAGACCUCUCCCAGAGUGCCUCGCCACCCUCGCUGCUGGACCAGCUGCAGAUGGGCUGUGACGGGGCCUCAGGCGGCGGCCUCAACAUGGAGUGUCGCGUGUGCGGGGACAAGGCUUCGGGCUUCCACUACGGCGUGCAUGCCUGCGAGGGGUGCAAGGGCUUCUUCCGCCGCACGAUCCGCAUGAAGUUGGAGUAUGAGAAGUGCGAUCGGAGCUGCAAGAUCCAGAAGAAGAACCGCAACAAGUGCCAGUACUGCCGCUUCCAGAAGUGCCUGGCACUGGGCAUGUCGCACAAUGCCAUCCGCUUUGGCCGGAUGCCGGAGGCAGAGAAGAGGAAGCUGGUGGCCGGGCUGACGGCCAGCGAGGGGCAGCAGCACAACCCGCAGCUGGCCGACCUGAAGGCCUUCUCCAAGCGCAUCUACCACGCCUACCUGAAAAACUUCAACAUGACCAAAAAGAAGGCGCGCAGCAUCCUCACCGGCAAGUCCAGCCACACUGCGCCCUUUGUGAUCCACGACAUCGAGACGCUGUGGCAGGCGGAGAAGGGCCUGGUGUGGAAGCAGCUGGUGAACAGCCUGCCGCCCUACAAGGAGAUCAGCGUGCACGUCUUCUACCGCUGCCAGUGCACCACGGUGGAGACGGUGCGGGAGCUCACCGAGUUCGCCAAGAGCAUCCCCAACUUCAGCAACCUCUUCCUCAACGACCAGGUGACGCUCCUCAAGUACGGCGUGCACGAGGCCAUCUUCGCCAUGCUGGCCUCCAUCGUCAACAAGGACGGGCUGCUGGUGGCCAACGGCAGUGGCUUCGUCACCCACGAGUUCCUGCGCAGCCUCCGCAAGCCCUUCAGCGACAUCAUUGAGCCCAAGUUCGAGUUUGCCGUCAAGUUCAAUGCCCUGGAACUCGAUGACAGUGACCUGGCUCUCUUCAUCGCAGCCAUCAUCCUGUGUGGAGACCGGCCAGGCCUCAUGAACGUGCCGCAGGUGGAGGCCAUCCAGGACACCAUCCUGCGUGCCCUCGAGUUCCACCUGCAGGCCAACCACCCCGACAGCCAGUACCUCUUCCCCAAGCUGCUGCAGAAGAUGGCCGACCUGCGGCAGCUGGUCACUGAGCAUGCGCAGAUGAUGCAGUGGUUGAAGAAGACCGAGACCGAGACCUUGCUGCACCCGCUGCUCCAGGAGAUCUACAAGGACAUGUACUGAGGCUGCCCAGGCCUCCUGGGGAGCCUCGCACGCGCAGCCGGGCACACUCCACUCCAGACGCACGAAGCCGAGGCUCCCGGAGCCUCCCGUCUGUCGCCCCCCUCUCGGUCCUGUCUUCCCUCCCUUGCCCUCUGCGGGUCUCUCUCCUCCCCAGUGCCUUCCUGGCCCCACCCUGGCCCUCUGUUGGCUCUGUCUCACCAGCAGCCCAGGGCAGGACCUCUGCCUGCCGUCCGCACCUGUUCCGCCCCUUGUCCCGCCCCUGCAGGCCUAGGGCUUCGCCUCUGCCCCCCCCCUCGCCCCCCAUCUUCAUACAAAAGAUUUGAGCCAUACAAAGAAACACUACACUGUCCGGGCCUGGCUUUCUGGGUCCCAAGAAACACUAUGCUGCCUGGGCCUGGCUUCCUGGGGAAGCUCGGCCCGACCCACCGCGGCCGCGCGGCCCAGCGUCGCAGGGCUCGGGGCGCUGGGUAGGAGCCAGGGGCUUUCUUCACCCCUGCCCUGGCCCAAAGCCAAGGCUGCCUGGCCGUCUCCGCGCCAGCUUUCUAAGUCACGGAUCCCCACGGGCCCUGCGCUGGCCCACGGAGGGAGGGGUUCCAGCAAGUGGGGACCCCGAGCCUCCAUCUCCAAAAGUAAGCCACACAAAGCCAGGCUGGAGGCACGCGCUGCAGCGAUAGGCGGAACAUGAACGCUCCAGCCCAGAGCCGCUGAAAAGAGAAAGGAUUCUCAGCCCACAGUCUGAGUGGGAGUGUGGGAGUCGGAGCUAGGGAGGGGACGGGCCGGGCCCUCCCCAAGCCCCUGGCUGCCCUCCAUCCCAGCAGUGCCCACAGUGGUCAGCGGCACCAGUCCUUCCUCCAGGAGAUGCCAGCAUCUCUCUCUCUCUCUGUCACACACACACACACACACACACACACACACACACACACACACGCCGCUGCUCCAUGGAGCAGCUAGGCACUGGAUCACGUGACCUCUACCCUCCUGGGGACGCCAGGGCCCACACUCUGGCCCCCCGAGAGCCAGCACCAGCCCCGCAGGAGCUGCCAGGGAUUGCUGAGCCCGCCCUGCCACCCACCUCCUCCCCAGCUCUCCUGUGACCCCCUCGGCCAUGUGGGGCUCGGCCUGGGGGGAGGGGGGGACAGAGCAGGAGGGCGGGAGCCCACCCUGGCCUGCAGGAGGCGCCACCAGGCCCAGGUCCUGCCUGAGCCUUCCCAAGGGUGUGUCUGGGAGGAAAUGGCCUGGAGAGGACGGGGCUGGGGUCCCUGCCGGUGCUGUGGCCGGCGCCCCGGGACCCCCCCCACCCCCACCCAGGCUGGCCAGACCUUUGGGCCAAGGCUGUGAAUCAAGCAAGCAUCGCAUGGGGGGCCUGGUCCUGCCCCGGCCAGCCCGAGCCCGGGCCUGCGGGGCUGCUCUGCGCCGUCGGAACAAUCUCCAGAACUGAAAUGUAUAUUUUUGCUAGGAGCCCCAGCUUCCUGUGUUUUUAAUAUAAAUAGUGUACACAGACUGACAGAAAUUUAAAUAAAUGAGAAUUAAGUAUUUAAGAGU